UGGUAGCCGUCAGCUCAACCCAACCUAACAUGCUCUAUUUAAGGAGCGUUCUUGUGGCCUCACUGAGCUGACAUGAACAUCUUUACCAAAGUCCCAGGAUUAGUUCAACCAACCAGCAAGCUGGGGUCUGUGCUCCAACGUGCCUUCUACGGGUCCAGUGGGAGGGUGACCCUAUAUGAGCAACGUAACUUUGCAGGCAGACAUCUGGACCUGACUUCUGACUGUGCAAGGCUCAGUGACAAGAACUUCCCAGAGAGAUGCAACUCUGUGCAGGUGGAGAGCGGAGCAUGGAUCGGCUAUGAACAUGACAACUUCCGAGGUCGCCAGUACCUGUGGGACAUGUCUGACCGUGGAGAGUACAACUGCUAUGACAAGUGGUGUGCACAGGCGGAUCACAUCUCCUCCGUGCGAGCUGUCAAGCAGGACAACAACCCUGCAAAAGCUCAGCUGUUUGAGCGUGCCGGGUUCUCCGGUAAGAAGAUGGAGAUCCAGGAUGACAUUCCUAACCUGAUGAGCCGCUACAGCCUCAACAGAGUAGCCUCCAUACGUGUGCUCGGAGGAGCGUGGGUUGUGUAUCAGGAGCCAAACUACAGAGGGACUCAUUACAUCCUGGAGAAACGAGACUUCAACAACUUCUCAGAUUGGGGCAGCCAGAGCAACACUGUGGGCUCAAUGAGAAGAGUCCGCUUCAAUUAAUUCAGAUUAUCUACAGACUGUCUCGUUCAUUUCGACCGAACUAUAUUUACCAGAAUCACUUUAAUAAACUGAUUAUAUUUUUCAAAUCACUU